UUGAAGGCCUUACUGAAAACAGAAAGAUAACGACCAGUAGUGUUGAGGUGAGCAAGGAGCAGCAGAGCCAAGACAAAACACGAAGACGAGAGUUUCAAAGCGCGCGGCAGAGAAAUAGGGAGAGAAGAGCAUGGCGGAUGACGGCACUAAACCAUCGCCGGCGGUCCACCCGGCGAUUGCGCCACUGUCUUACCUUCUGGGUUCAUGGAAAGGCCAAGGCGAAGGCGGCUUCCCCACCAUCAACUCCUUCUCAUACGGCGAACAACUCCAUUUCUCUCACUCCGGCAAGCCGGUGAUAGCUUACACUCAGAAGACUUGGAAAUUGAACUCCGGCGAGCCUAUGCACGCUGAGAGUGGCUUUUGGCGGCCCAAGCCUGAUGGGACCAUCGAGGUUGUCAUCGCUCAAAGCACUGGUCUUGUUGAAGUUCAGAAAGGGACGUACAAUGCAGAAGAACAAGUGAUAAACCUUCAAACUGAGCUAGUGGGAAAUGCAUCAAAGGUAAAAGAGAUAACCAGAGUUUUUAGGUUGGUUGACGGAGAACUGUCUUAUGAAGUUCAGAUGGCUACAAAUCUCAACAGUCUUCAACCACAUCUAAAAGCCUCGCUCAAGAGAGUCUGAAGCAAUAUGUAUUAGAUAAAGUGAAAUUUACAAGUUAGCGUCAAAAUUUGUAGUCAUAGAUCAUUGCUCUUGCUGCAGCUACAUUUCCCCCAGAUUGUAUCAAGGACCAAAGUGGAUACCAAAGGUUCAAAUAAUGAAGAACAGUUUCAUUUC